AACCUAACAAGUUUCAAUUUCUAUGGAAAUACACGUUUUUAGGUUAUAUGACAAUAAUUUGAAUUUGAUACCAAAGAGGAAUCCUUGUUGAUAUUUACGAAAAUUGUGAUCAAAUGAAUUCUAGAGUCUUCAAAUCCUUGGGAAAACUCAAUACACUAGCAGUCUUUGAGAAAGGUACUGGUGCUCUCCUUCCUGAAGCUUAUAAAAAAUUCUUUAAAGAAUGGAUUAUUCAAAAGCCUGCUUCAGUUCACUAUAUACCAGAAGUUGAAAAAUGGAAACGGAAUGAAUUAACUGGGGAAGUGAAGCCUGUCCAGGAUAAUCCUAUUCCACUAAUAUUUCCUGUAGAGUAUAACAAUCAAUUAUGGGGUGGAGAAGGUAUUGUUCAAGGCUUUCAAAAAAGGUCAGAAUUAAAAAGGAGAGUCCCCCAUUUUUGGGUACCCACAUUGAGAAGAUCAGUUGUUUAUAGUGAAGUACUUGAUAAAUAUAUGUCAGUUGUGGUUACUGAUAGAGCAAUAAAUCUAAUAAAUUCCAAUUAUGGAUUUGAUCAUUACUUACUGAAGACUUCUGCCUGUGACCUGAAAUCACUUUUGGCAUUAAGAUUGAAGAGAAGGAUAUUGAAAGACCUUUAUAAUGAAUGUCCUGCCUAUGAAAAAGGUUCUGAAAAACAAAAGCGUAUCAUGCAAGAAUAUGGGAAAUAUUUAUCCUCUUUUACCAGGGAAGAAGUAGAGUGGUAUGGUUAUACCUUUCCGGAAGCUUGCAAGAAAAUGGAAGCUAUACUAGCUGAACAAAACAAACCAGUUCCAUUGAAAAAUAUUUAUAGGAUGGAACUUUUUGAGAAGCUUAAAGCUGAAAAAAUUUCGAAGGAAAAUGACCCUGAAGGAAUUAAAGUCAGUGAUUCACCAUCAUCUUGGCUGCAAAAAAUCAACCCAUUUGGAAGGAAACAGGAAACAUGAAAAUAAUUAAAAAUGUGUAACAGAAAUAAAUAUAGGUAGUGUGCUUUGUAAUGAAUUGCAUUUC